AGCUGCAGCACAUUUUUAGAUUGUGCCACAAGUUGAGUCGUACUGUUCCCAUCAAAACCAUGGGCACUUGUUGUGGAGCAGAGAUCGAGGAAGAAAAUGCAGAGGCCGAGGUGAUUUGCGGUGGCGAGCCGCCACUUACCCCUAUCCCUUGUAGCGAAGGCUGUGCUCCUGUGCUGUUGAAUUCGAAGGCUGAAGACACCGAGGAGCAUGGAGAGGUGACCCGGCCUGACCGACCAGUGGACCCUGGACUUCCGAAUUCACAACUCCCUGCGCUGCGUGGUGGUUCUCCUCCAGCAAAACCGCCGCGCUCCAUCAAUGGCGCAGGUGUGGCAACGGCCAGGAGUGAGCUGUCCAGCGUAGCCGUGCCUUGGAGCGGUCCUGAGUAUCGCGUUCGACGUAUGAAUGUGCCAGCCAUUCCGCACUGGGAGAGGCAACAUUUGGCAAAGGCCGCCACUGUCAAGACGUCUCCGAGACCCGCGGCGGUGGCAGAUGGCCCAGCACAGCAUUGCCCAUAUCAAGUUGCCAAGGAGGCGAAAAACGCCCGCUUGGUGCCAACGAUUUACUCGACAAAGGAUGAGAUCGAUGCAGCGAUUGCUGGGUACGAUGCAGAGAUUGCCAAGUUCCGAGCCCUACUCGAUUUGCACAAGGAAUAUCGAGAAGAGAUUAACAUGAACCUCAUCAUCUACUGA